GGCGCCGUUGAGGGCGCUGCCCCGCGCGCUCCCAGGCCGCCCCGGGUUAGGAGCAGCGCCCGGAGCCGGAGAGCUGGAGCACACGGAGGCGCUGCCGUCGCUCUAGCUCAUCGCGGCGCCUGGAGGCGUAGGUUGGCGCCUGGGGUCGGGGACUGAGGCUUGGGCGCUGCCUGUUGGAGCGGAGAUCUGGGUUUGCCUCCUGCCGCCGCUCAGGACCCUGACGCGGGUGAGGCUGCCCCGGGAGCAUGAGCGGGCAGCGCGUGGACGUCAAGGUGGUGAUGCUGGGCAAGGAGUACGUGGGCAAGACCAGCCUGGUGGAGCGAUACGUGCACGACCGCUUCCUGGUGGGGCCCUAUCAGAACACCAUUGGGGCCGCCUUCGUGGCCAAGGUGAUGUCCGUCGGAGACCGGACGGUGACUUUGGGUAUUUGGGACACAGCAGGUUCUGAGCGCUAUGAGGCCAUGAGCCGAAUCUACUAUCGGGGCGCCAAGGCUGCCAUCGUCUGCUAUGACCUGACGGACAGCAGCAGCUUUGAACGGGCAAAGUUCUGGGUGAAGGAACUGCGCAACCUAGAGGAGGGCUGUCAGAUCUACUUGUGUGGCACCAAGAGUGACCUGCUGGAGGAGGACAGGCGGCGUCGACGUGUGGACUUCCACGACGUCCAGGACUAUGCAGACAAUAUCAAAGCUCAGCUCUUUGAAACAUCCAGCAAGACAGGCCAGAGUGUGGACGAGCUCUUCCAGAAAGUGGCAGAGGACUAUGUCAGUGUGGCCGCCUUCCAGGUUAUGACAGAGGACAAGGGCGUGGACCUGGGCCAGAAGGCAAACCCCUACUUCUACAGCUGUUGUCAUCACUGAGUCACCACUCACCUGGCCUGGGGGAAUUAAAGGAAUUCCCCCAGAGAGGCUGGACGUACCUCUUACCUGGGUUUGGGUGAUCAAACAUCUGAGCUACCCCUGGUCCCCAUGGCAGCAGAGGUGGCACCUGCCUGUGCUGGCCCGUGGAACGGAGGCAGCAUUGGGCUGACUGAUGGGCACAAGGAGGGUAAGGGCUGAUUUGGACCCCAGGCUUCUGCCCUGGACAGCACUUGUGUCUGCAGAUUAUUUAAGUGGUUUCUGAUUUGUAAAUAAAAUCACUGCACUGUGAAUCACUCA